GCAGCAAUGUUUGCUUGUGUGUGUAUUGUAUAUAAUUAUUUCAAUUCAACUCACUUCGUUGACUAAAGUUAUAAUAGUGCAAUUUAUUUUAAUCCUAUUUAGCUCAUAAUUAAAAUGGAAAUAAUUUUAUUCAACUGUAAAUUAAUUCUAUUUUAUUUGUUUACGAACAUUCGGCACGUAAUAUAAAGUUUGUGAAAGCUUCUUAGUUUAAUUCGCGAUUCAUACAUCCUUGUGUGAACUACGAAACAAGAGUUGUUUCUUCAUGAACAUAUCGGUAGUUUUUGUUUUAAAUUUCAAUAAAACUUUAAAAUUUAUAUAAAUAUAAACUGUGAAACGAAUUAUAAUAUCUGGAUUAGAAAAUAAAAUAAAAGAAUGGAAGUGUCUAAUGAAAUUAAGGAAGAUAUUCGCAAAACGCAGUCGGACUUGAAAAAUGCGAUACGAAUUCAUCAGGUUUGGGUUGCGCGCCUUCAGGAAGAUGAAAACAACAUUCAUCUCAGGUCUAAAGUUAAAGAAGCAGAGAAAGAUAUAAUUUCCAUUUCACAAACUCAAAAAUUAGUGGUGGACCGCCUACGAAGGGAACUUGAGUUAUACCAACAAAGGUUGAAGGCACGGAAUAAGCAUAUAAAUGUAGAUAAUGACAACAGAUAUGUGGCCCAGCAACUGAGGGACCAUCAGAUACAAUAUCGAAGCAGAAACAGAACUGUCUCCUUGUUAAAACCAUCAGUACUAAACGAAAUACAUAUUAAAACUGAGAAUACUGAUGAUGUAAAGGAAAAUAAUAUAUCUGAUACAGAGAAUGAGGCUAAAUUAUCUAGUGAAAAAGAAAACUCAAAUCACAGCGAGGUUGAUGAGAAAGACAAAUAUCAAAGGAAUUUUGCUCCACUGCCCAACACUGUUCAUGAUAGCAGGAACAACUUUGUGAAUGUUUUGAACAAAGUCAAGGAAGCAUUUAGUGGACCAAAGCAUCAGGAUAAUAAUGAGUGGCAAGAACAAAAAUCUGACUCAGAUUCAUCGCAAGGCGUGGCUCUGUCACCGACGCCUUCGCCCCCGCCAUUACCAGAGCCUGGGGAACCAGUCACAAAAGAGGUGUUUUUAAGACUCAUUGGUUUAGUGACACCACUUCAGAAAGAACUUUUGGAAAAAAAGAGAAGUGAGCGUCGUAAGAGAUCCACUACAAGUACAAACAGAAAUGAUUUCCUUUACGGAAAUUAUGAAAUGUUACCCAAAAAGAAGAAGUACAACCAAUUUCCAUAUCUACAAACUCACAAUGAUCCUCCGCAGACCAGAUCUGCCAAACUCCGGAAACAGCAGUCGCAGACUAAAACUUCUCGUGAGGGUUCUCCUUCAGGAUCUUCAACUGAAAAUAAAGGAUGGACUAAUGGUAAGCCUGCGUGGGCCGCGACUCUGCCCGCUAGCUUAUCUGUGGAACCUGUGUAUCCAACACAUAAAAAAGUUUGUCAAGUGUGUGGACGAAAUGACGUGGCGUCCCUGCUGGCGUGGUGCGCGGCGUGCGGCGCGUGGCAACACACGGGCUGCGGGCGGGCGGCGGCGCGCUGCGACUGCGGGGCCGUACUGCCCGACCCCACGCACGCCCCGCGCGACCCCGACCCCGACCCAGACCCGCUGUUGCACAAGCAACUCUACCGAGACAAACUAGCAGAAAGAAAAAGCCUUCAAGAGAAGAACAUAAAGCUAUGUGUGGAACUACGCAAACUCGAAAUGAGAGCCGCUAGCCUCAAAGAAAAUUUGGAUGAACACAAUGCUGAGAAACGACAACUCCUGGCUGACCAGAUAAAGACGCAGAGGAAUCUCCAAAAACUUCUAGAUUUUAUCAGUCAGUUUAAGGACACAUCAAUAAGCAUCCGUUCGACGUCUGUCAGCGAAUCUGGCAGUGAAAUGAGUAAAAGCAAUGAGGAAUAAUUUUGGUAGAAGAUCUGAUUGCGUAUUUCGGUGUCUGUUCUUCGUGGUCCGCGUGAUUGUUGAUUUGUACGAUGGUGGUAUAGGUAGAGUUUUCUUAGUACGGAAUGUAGUGUUGUACAUACAUACUCGUUUUCUAUAAAUACAACAUGUGGAGUUCUUAAUUAGACUGUUUGAUUUUGUUUCUUAUUGAUCGGAUGAUAUAUUUCGUGAAGAAUUUUAUUGUAAGUAGUUUUACCCUUUUUACAAAUGUUCAUGUAUCUGAAAUGUUGUUUUUAUGUGGUCGUGAAGUAGUGUAGUUUGAAAUGUGUUAUAUCAUGAUUUGUCUCGAUCGGAAAGAUGAAUAAAUGAAUUCUAUUAAAUCAAUUGAUUAGCCAAAAGUGAAGUGUUCAGUAUUUGAUUCCUAAUUUAGCUUAGAUGUAGUAUUGCCAGUUACAUAUUAAGGUAGCCCGCAGUCUGCAAACUUUUUGUUGACUGAUACCAAGUCGAGCUAUUUGUACACAGAGUAGUCUCCUUGGACUUUUACAAAAAAAUAUUUUGUAUUGUGUUUGUGGUUUGCGGGACCAAGAUUGGAUUCAAACUAUCGAGGUCUUAUUUUAAGCGUUGUUUGUAAUAUAGUUGCAAUUUUCUGAUAAUAUGUCCGUCCUUUUCUAAGUUUACAUAUUUCUACAGAACAAGAAGAAAAGGAAACCAAGAUUUUGUAAAUAUAAAAGCAAACAACGUUUAUCACGUAUGAUUAUUAAAACUGUCCAAAAGUUGAAUCAACAUUAAUUAAUUAUUCUC